AAACCCACAAAAGACCGAUUUCGUCUUCUACAGUUUCUUCUGUCAUUCGAAAUUGCUCUGAGGAAAGGAGAAAUGGUGAAUUCCAUGGCUACGCUUUCGAGGAGAUUGUACCGUUCUCUCCUCUCGAAUCCUAGAUUCUCUCAGGUUUCGAGGUCCUUUUGCACCAACACCCUCUCCUCGAACGAAGAACAAGACUCGGACGAGCUCGCCGCUAAAUCGGACAUUGAAUCGUCCCCUGGACAGUCGGCAUCCAAUUCACCAUCGCAAGGAUCGGGCGAGGAACGCGCUUUCGUGGAGCAGACUCUCGAGAAUGGCCUCGAUGUGGGCGUUUACAAGGCCAUACUGGUAGGGCAGGUGGGUCAGAUGCCUCUUCAGAAGAAGCUGAAGGGUGGCAGGACAGUGACGCUCUUCUCUGUAGGGACUGGAGGAAUGCGGAACAACAGGAGACCAUUAAUGGGAGAAGAACCGAGGGAGUAUGCAAACCGAUCUGCGGUGCAAUGGCACCGGGUCUCUGUCUACCCUGAUCGUUUAGCAGAUCUUGUGUUAAAGAGUGUUCAACCUGGCAUGGUUGUUUAUUUGGAAGGUAAUUUGGAGACCAAAAUCUUCUCAGAUCCCAUAAGUGGUGUAGUUCGUCGUAUAAGGGAGGUUGCAAUACGUAGAAACGGGCGAAUAGUGUUUCUAGGAAAAGACAGCGAUAUGCAGCAGCCAAGCCUUUCGGAGCUCAGAGGUGUCGGUUACUUCUGAUUGAAUCAGACACAUCAGAAGGUGUAUCUGCUCCUUUUAUGCUUUUCUUUUCAUUGUUCCUCUCUUGUAACUUGGUGAAAGUGAAGGGUUAGCUUCAAUUCUCUCUUGCAAAGACCGAUCUUUGAUCCAAUUUGUCCCCCAUUGGAAGGAGUUAGGGUUCAAUGGCUCGAGAGAUGUCAGUCUCAAAUCUUCAAAAGCCACAAGCUGUAAUGUCUUCUUCAUGGUAUUUCAAUUUCACAUUUGUAACGUAGAUUGCUUUUAAUGGUUAUGUUGUUCCGCUGUUUCCAAUGUUGAA